UCUCUCUCUCUCUCUCUCUCUGCCAAAAUAAAAAACAAAACAGCUGGUUUCUGCAGGCGGUUUUGCAGGCCGGAAAAGCGGUUUUGACAGCACCUCAAAGGGGGCUUGUCUUCUUCCUUGGAAGAUUAGCGGUAUUUCUUCCGAGAACAAGCGGUUUCGAUUCGCAUUUCGGGAAAUGAGCGGUUUUGCGUGAGCGGUUUCCGGUUCCGGGUAGAAAAGCGGUUUUUGGUGGGGAAAGAUGAUGUUGAGAAGAAAGCCGGUCUUGAUUUUGCUCGUUUUUACAGUUCUUGCUCCCAUCGUUCUUUACAAGGACAGGAUCGGAAGAUUCACGAAUCCCAGCAGUAAAGAUGUAUUCUAUGAUGAUGCGUCGAAUCUGAAUUUCAGGGGCAAGAUCGGAAAAUUAAAGGCACUUUCGCAGGAAUCAUCCAAUGCUGUGGAAGAACCUAUCAGAAUCUUACAUUUGGAGAAUUCGAGCCAUUCGGCUUCAAAUUUCGAUGAAUAUAGAAGAAUCAGAUCAUCUACGGGAGGAUUGCCAUUGAGGAAAUCUACACAACAUAGAGCCCGAGUGUUGUCGGCAACUGAGGAGGGAAUUCAGUCCGAAAAGGAAAAUCCCAUUGAGCAAGUAACAGAGAACGCUGGAUUUCAGAAACCUGAAUUGGGCUCGGAAAAUGGAGCUGAAGGACACGAAAAUGCGGAGGAGAAUAAAUCUGAGCAACAAUCUUCCCAAGUAUCGGGCGAAGCUGAUUUAGAAAAACCUCUUGAGGCCUACCCAGAGAGGCAGAAUCAUACGACAGCAGCACCAGAUGCCCGUGUUCGGCAACUUAAAGAUCAGUUGAUCAGAGGAAAGGUUUUCCUUGGCCUAGGGCCUAUUCGAAACAACCCUCAAUUCGUAAAGGAACUCAGGUUGCGAAUGAAGGAAGUUACUAAAGCACUUGGCGGUGCAUCCAAGGAUUCUGAACUGCAAAAGAAUGCCUUGGAAAAACUGACGGCAAUGGAGCAAACCUUGGCCAAGGGUAAGCAGAUUCAAGAUGACUGCUCUGCAGUUGUAAAGAAGCUUCGUGCCACACUCAACAAAGCGGAAGAACAGCUCCGGUUACAGAAGAAGCAGACCUUGUUUUUGACACAACUCACGGCGAAGACUAUCCCCAAAGGUCUUCACUGUCUUCCUUUGCGUCUUUCCACCGAGUACUAUUUUCUAAACCCCAGCCAACGUCAGUUCCCGAAUCAGGAGAAACUGGAAGAUCCCGAACUGUAUCAUUACGCUCUGUUCUCAGAUAACAUAUUGGCAGCGGCGGUGGUCGUGAACUCUACUGUCUUUCAUGCCAAGGACCCAGAAAAGCAUGUCAUCCACAUUGUCACUGAUAGGCUUAACUAUGCACCAAUGAGGAUGUGGUUUCUGGCCAAUCCACCUGGAAAAGCCACUAUACAAGUUCAGAACAUUGAAGAGUUUACAUGGCUGAAUUCAAGUUACAGUCCAGUUCUCAAGCAGCUCAGUACUGCUUCCAUGAUAGAUUAUUACUUUAAGGCCCGCCAAGCAAACUCGGAUUCAAACUUGAAGUUCCGCAACCCCAAGUACCUCUCUAUCCUAAAUCAUCUCCGAUUUUACCUACCGGAGAUCUUCCCAAAGCUCAACAAAGUGCUCUUCUUAGAUGAUGAUAUAGUUGUGCAGAAGGAUCUGACUGGCCUUUGGAGGCUUGAUCUGAAAGGAAAUGUCAAUGGUGCAGUUGAAACAUGUGGCGAAAACUUCCACCGUUUUGAUAGGUAUCUCAACUUCUCACAUCCCCUUAUUUCCAAGAACUUUGACCCUCGUGCUUGCGGAUGGGCGUACGGAAUGAAUAUCUUUGAUUUGGCGGAAUGGAGGAAGCAAAAUAUAACGGAGGUCUACCACUCAUGGCAGAGACUGAAUGAGGACAGAACACUAUGGAGGUUGGGGACUUUGCCGCCAGGUCUGAUAACAUUUUGGAAGCGGACAUUCGCCCUCGACCGGUCAUGGCAUGUCCUGGGCCUUGGCUACAACCCAGAUGUCAAUCAGAAGCAAAUCGAUCGGGCUGCCGUCAUACACUAUAAUGGGAACAUGAAGCCAUGGCUUGAAAUAGGCAUGCCAAGGUAUCGAAAAUACUGGACACAAUUCGUCGAUUAUGAUCAAACAUAUUUACAGGACUGCAACAUCAAUCCUUAGAGCGGACGGGAGAUUGAAAUCUUUCCAAUUUUCCUUCCAACACGGUACGGCGUAACUUCACAAGCCUUUGUUCUUUUUGCUGAGAGUGGUUUUGUUCUUUUUCUCAAAUUAGAAGUUCUAUUUCAAUUCUUUCUGUGCACGCGCAUGGUUUUGAAUAAACUCAUGUGUCAAUGGUCCUGAUUUAUUACAUCUUGUCCACGGAAUCCUUUUUUGUAUCUCUAUGAAAAGUGCAGAUGUAUUGUACAUUUUCCAAAUUUAGAAUUUAGUAUUUAGUUCCACAA